AGAGGGACGAGGUUGGUGGUGGUGGUUGUGGUGGUGGUGGAGAGGGACAAGGUCGACUCAGCCUCAAUUGAGUACCAGUGCAAAAAAAACCACCGACACUGGGGGAGACAAAGGCGGCCGGGGCGUAGUGUUUGACCACCCGCUGCCCCCCUCGUGUGCCGUGCCACGGCCUUCAUAGGUGCUACUCGCAAACAGCAUUUGCCCCAACAGUCUAUUGAGGCUAUAACGUGGGAAAUCUUUGGCGGUGAUGGUGAUGAUGAUGACGGCGGUGACGACGCCCGCUCUCGCCUCGUACUGGCGGUGGCUGUCGGUGAGGACGGCGAGGGGCUGGAGGAGGAGGCCGAGGGAGUCGGCCACAGCAGAGGCCUCGGACUCACCCCUCGGGAGACCGCAGGACGCGACUCCCCCCGAACAGCUGGGGCCACGUGGAGCCGCACGUGGUCAGGACACGUGGAGGAGGGAUGAGCGCGGUGCUGUGCUGAGCGUGGGAGAUCUGCGGUUCGAGAGAGCUGGUCCUGACGACAAGAGGCUCAGGACGGUGGUGACAAUUGCCAAGUCGCGCCAGUACCGGGAGAAGCAUGGCAAGAUCUUGCUGGAGGGCACGCGACUCAUUCGGGACGCGUUGGAAGCCGGUGCAGUUCUGCAGACGAUAUUCUUCGACAGCACAACCCAGCUGCAGGAGCUGCCCCUCGAGCUCAUCGCCAGAGCUGCCCUCAUCCGUGUGCGCAUGAGGGACAUCAGGCUGUGGUCAGACCUUGUCACCCCGCAGGGCAUCCUGGCCAUCUUUAGAAGACCUGACUAUGCAUCUGACAAGGAGCUGAGGAGUAGGGCAGAAGGCAGUGAGUGUCUUCCCAUCUCGCUCGUGUGUGACAACGUCCGUGACCCUGGAAACAUGGGGACCAUUAUCCGCUCGGCCGCUGCUGUUGGCUGCUCCAAGGUGCUUCUUAUCAAGGGCUGCGUCGACGUGUGGGAGCCGAAGGUGCUGCGCGCCGGGGCCGGUGCUCACUUCCGCGUGCCGCUGCUGCCCGGCCUGCGCUGGAAGGACGUGCCGGAGAUCCUCGGAGUGCACGCCGUGGUGCACGUCGCUGACAACCGGCACACGUUAAGUGCACUCGACGACGACGACGUACACGACAUGUCUGGCGAUGAAGGUUACGAAGACGACGAAGACGACGAAGACGACGAGAGAGAAAAAGAAAUGUUGUUGCGCAAACUAUCGUCCAUGCCAGCCCACGCCUACACGCUUCCGUGGGCCGGCUCCGGCCCCGGCGGUGAAGACGGUGCAUGCGAGACGGCGCUGGUCGUGAGUGGAGAAGCGCAGGGGCUGGGCUUCGAGGCCCUGCGCCUGGCCGAGGGCACGGGCGGCCGCCGCCUGCACGUGGGGAUGGCCGCCGGCGUGGAGAGCCUCAAUGUGGCCGUGGCGGCCAGCGUGCUGCUAUUCGAGGCGCGGCGGCAGCUGACGAUGCGGCGCCGCGAAACCGCGGCUCAGGGCGGCGCGGGGUCGCAAGCGAGGAGGACGCGCCGCUGACGCGCCGCCGACGCCGACGAUUGCAGUCACGGCAACACGGUGCCCUUAGAUGUCAACGGCUUAGAUAGGCCUUUAGUCAGCAGUGGAUAAAAUGGCUUGAGGUGACAUGGCCUUGCGCACAGGUCGGCAACCAUUUUUUUAUCGAAAAAGAUGUCUCUUCUUGCAUGUGGUGAAUACGAGACCGUGGCCCUCAAUAAAGAACGUCACGAAGCAGCUCCUUAAAGAGCCGUGUGCUGCUCUGGAGCCGCAGGUCGGCGACCCCUGGCCUAGCGGUAGCGCGUUCUCCGCUUGUUGCAGAGAUUCGCCGUUCUAAUGCAGUGGCUGCCGUGGUCGAUGCCGUGGGUGUAUAUUAACCGUUAAACGCGCACCGUCUUCUUCACGGCGGACGAUCGCGAUCGCGGAACGUCGUUUUUCAAAGAGUAGACCGUUCAAGUUCUGUUCUCCAGCAGAAAAUUGGCUACGUGCGAUUUGAAUUCACUAGUACGCGACCCCGACGUCAAACGACAUUGUGUGCGUGUACCAUGUGUACGUGUAUGUCCCGUGUGUGUGUGUGAACUGUGUGCGUGUACCGCGCGUGUACCGCGCGUGUACCGUGUGCGUGUACCGUGUGUGUACCGUGUGCGUGAAUCGUGUGCGCUACUCUGCAGGCGGCCGUCUCCCCCGUGCGCUUUCGCUUUUUUGCGCCCUUUUCUUGGAAUGCAUUGACUGCGGCCGCGUAAGAGCGAGGGAAACCUGUACACUGUUUGAGAUUGAUGACCACAGUUGCAUUGGUGGAUAUUUUUAAUUCUCCAUUCGUGAGGAGAUGGGCGCAUCUGAAGUGCGGUUUGUCACGUGGUUCAAAACAGAUUUUUAUUUGCAGGGUUGCCGGGAUGUUUUUUCUGAUGAAGUUCUCUUUCGGGGACCUUGGAACGCGUUUGCACUGUGUGGGUUACCAACGGGAAUAUCAUUGGUUCUGCUGGAUGCAUAUAUAUACCACAUUGCAGUAUAUAGAAAUACAAAGUUUUCAUAUUCACUGCUUAUAUAACAUGUUUGUGCCUUGUAUUUUACGCAGAGAAAUGCCAGUUACCAGAACACACUUGUCAGCAUAGAGAUGAAUAAAAAUACCUUUCAGUUA